AGGCGAUUCGUUAAAAAUCGUCCGGAGCUGUUCAACCGUUGUUUGUAUUGUUGUGGAUUUUAUGAAUUUUCAUUUAUGAUUUUAUGUUUAUGAUUCAACAAGUUAAAACGUUUCCGACAUGCCUUGUAAAUAAAACAACGAUUUUUAGCUGUUGUACGACGGAAAUUCAGUCGGAAUACUUAAUUGUUGGUUUUACAUGUAAUAUAACAGUCUAGAUAAUCUGGUGUUGGGUACUCGAAAUCCAUCAAAACUACACUAUAGAAUUAUUAACAAUAAAACCACUCCAAGAGCGACAAGUUUGAUAAUGGCUGCGUUUCGUAGAAGUACUAAACGAUGUGCAACCAACAACGAGUCGAGUACAAACAACAACGCUCGCAAACGUAAAAAAGAAGAUCCCGAGGAAUUAGCGGUGCAAAAAUAUCAAGACGACAGCGAUUUUGACGAAGCGUUUAAAAAUCUCUUACAACCAAUAGAGUUGAUCGCCAAGACGAACCAUUACGAGUACAACCUAAUCAAGGAAUUGGAUUCGUAUUUAUACCAUUUAAGAGGGUUUCGGGAAGGCGACUCUGUUGACUUUGUCGAAGCCGCGCUCAUGUUUCAAAACAUAAUACUGAUUUAUCAAAAACGAGUCGACCACUUGGUCGAUUUCAUGAUGAAAUUAGUCAGGAAAUUUCGAGCCUAUCGAGUGCACCAGAAAGAUGGAGAAAACGAAGGAGGAGAGGACGAUGUAGAAAACGUGGAGGGUAACAAGAGAAAGAAAAAAGAAAAAAAAGUCAAGUAUUAUCCCACGUUUGAACCGAUCAACGGACAAAUAUUUGAUGAGUCGAAAUUGAAAAAAUUCGACUGUAAACUUAUAAAUCUAACGAAAUUGCCGCCCGUACCUAAGAUAGUGCUCAACGCCAACAUAAAGGUCGACAACAAGUAUAAUCAAAUACUACCGUAUAUAUUUAUUGGAAACGGCGAAAACAUUGGAAAAAAAUACGAUUUUAUGGUAAAUUAUUGCCUGAACCGAACUUACGCGGUGAACGAAGAAUUUGACUGUCCGACUAACGACGAACUGAAAAACAACCCUCCGCCCGAAUUUCAAAAGAAUAUUCACCCGUUACCGAGUUUAAACGACGUCGAGAUAAACGCUGACCCCGACGACUCGCAUAUAAUGCCCGAACCUGUUGUUUUCGACCAAACUGUUACCGACGAAAUAUGUGUGGCCAACGCAUUGGCAAUGAACCCUGCAAACGUGUUGAACGUCAGUCAAAUACCCGAAACCAAUAAGAGCAUAGACGAUUGUUGGCUUGCAGUUACCGACGCCAAAUCGGACAUGUACAGUACGGAUAAAAAUGGAAAUCUCAAAGUGAAAUCCAAAAAAAUGGACAACAACGACGGCAUAUACUUACCGACUUAUGUGAUUUCUGAAUUAUUUUUGGAAAUUUUCAAAUUAAAAACUGGCCUAGGAGUCGAUCCUGCGUUCAGAGAAUUAGUUUCAAAAGCACAAAGCAUACAGAGAUCGGACAUUGCCAAAAAGAGACCGAAAAAUACUAAAGAUGAAGAUAAAAUAUAUAACGAAGAUCACAAUGAAGAUUUAUACGACAAUUUAUUGAACGGCGGUUUCGAAGGUUUCGACGACAUAGUCGACAACGAAAACAACGGGGAACCAGACUUACAAGAACCCGACGUAGCGGUCGAAGAUUUCCAGACGUACAAAAAAAACAUUGAAGACAUGAAAAAACACGAGCAAAAUCAAAUUGAACAUAUGAACGAACAACUGGAAAUGCGAAAGCGCGUGCAAGCUUGGCACGAUAAUCUGCGACCGAUUUUGGAAGACGAAGAGAGGAGGACCGCGUUCGACAUACACGAAUACGGAACACGAAUACUCGACUGUUUCGAAGAAAAAGGAGUGAAGAAAUCGUUUGAGCAACUAGUUUCCGGACAGAUGCAGGGCGAAGUGGCUAGAUAUUUUUUAUCUUCUUUAAUGCUGGCCAAUACGUAUAACUUGAGCAUAACGAAACCCACUGACGAUCCUUUGACCGUUGGCUUGAUGGACAUAGAACUACUUAAAAAAGAAAGACAUCACGAAGAACUCCAAGUCAAUAUUGGAAACCAAGUAAAUCAAUGAGCGACAAACCGAACUAGUGUUUGGUCGAAUUGUUUGUGUACACCGCCGGUUAUUGUAAACAUUUUUUUUUUUUUUUUACAUAUGUAUUAUAUUUAUUAAUAUUUACACAUCAAGAAUACCGAUCUUUCAGAUAAUUAUUGUCAGAAAUAGUCAUAUAAUUAUAAUUCUGUGAGUUUUACAAUUUAUUUUUGAUAUAAAAAGACAAUAAAUGUACUUUAGCAUACAUUUUUGACGAUUGUGUGUAUAUAUUAUGUAUUAUAUAAGAAAAAAAACAACACUUGAA